CAUCAUAUAAUAAUCCAGAAAUUGCAAUAGAAAAGAAAUAAGGGAGGUUUGUGAUGAUUUUUCAAUCUUUUCUACUAGGUAAUCUAGUAUCCUUAUGCAUGAAGAUAAUCAAUUCGGUCGUUGUGGUCGGACUCUAUUAUGGAUUUCUGACCACAUUCUCCAUAGGGCCCUCUUAUCUCUUCCUUCUCCGAGCUCUGGUUAUGGAAGAAGGAACCGAGAAGAAGGUAUCAGCAACGACUAGUUUUAUUACGAGAAAGCUCAUGAUGUUCAUAUCGAUCUAUUAUGCGCCUCUACAUCUAGCAUUGGGUAGGCCUCAUACAAUAACUGUCCUAGCUCUACCAUAUCUUUUGUUUCAUUUCUUCUGGAACAAUCACAAACACUUUUUUGAUUAUGGAUCUACUACCAGAAAUUCAAUGCGUAAUCUCAGCAUUCAAUGUGUAUUCCUGAAUAAUCUCAUUUUUCAAUUAUUCAACCAUUUCAUUUUACCAAGUUCAAUGUUAGCCAGAUUAGUCAACAUUUAUCUCUUUCGAUGCAACAACAAGAUCUUAUUUGUAACAAGUGGUUUUGUUGGUUGGUUAAUUGGUCACAUUUUAUUCAUGAAAUGGCUUGGAUUGGUAUUAGUCUGGAUACGGCAAAAUCAUUCUAUUAGAUCGAAUAAGUACAUUCGAUCUAAUAAGUACCUUGUGUUAGAAUUGAGAAAUUCUAUGGCUCGGAUCUUUAGUAUUCUCUUAUUUAUUACCUGUGUCUACUAUUUAGGCAGAAUACCCUCACCCAUUCUUACUAAGAAACUGAAAGAAGCCUCAAAAACAGAAGAAAGGGUGGAAAGUGAGGAAGAAAGAGAUGUAGAAAUAGAAACUGCUUCCGAAAUGAAGGGGACUAAACAGGAACAAGAGGGAUCCACUGAAGAAGAUCCUUAUCCUUCUCCUUCCCUUUUUUCGGAAGAAGGGUGGGAUCCGGACAAAAUCGAUGAAACGGAAGAAAUCCGAGUGAAUGGAAAGGAGAAAAUAAAGGAUAAAUUCCACUCUCAACUUACAGAGACAGGCUAUAACAAAUUAAAAAAAAAAUUGAAUAAAAUCAAAUAAAAGAAUUUGAUUCAAAAAGUCGAAAAGAGUAAGUAAUAAACUAAUAAAAAGACUGAAACAUAAGCUAAAUACAAGAAAAGAUACGAAGAGAUGCGUCCGCCCCCUAUAUAUUUGAUACCUUCUCCUACAAUGAAACUAAUAACCCCAACCCCGUUAGUCAUCCCAUCAAUUACUCGUCGAUCAAAAAAAUGAGUAAAUUCAGCUAAUCCUCUUAUCCCACCGACAAAGAAUCUUGUAUAAAAAGCAUCUAUGUAAGCACGAUUAUAUGACCAAUCAUAGAUGCCAUUGAGAAUUUUGUCCCACAGAAUUCUCUUAGGGCCCUUUUUAACAAAAGAAUUUAUUAACUCAAAAUUUUUUAAAGAAGAAUAAAUGGGUUUAUAUAAAAAGGAUGCUAUAAAUAUUCCGAAAUAAGCUAUACUGACUGAAAGAACUGCAUCCUUUAAAAAUUCAUUCCAAUCCAUCGAAUUAUUCGACUUUUGAUGCAAAAGAUUUAUAGAUGGAGCUAACCAUUUCGAUAAUAUAUCCAAAUUCACUCCCUCUUGGUUGAAAGGAAUUCCUAUGGAUCCAACAAACAAAGUAAAGAGUCCUAAUACAAAUAGUGGGAAUAGCAUAGUAUUGUCCGAUUCAUAAGGAUAGGAAUAAACCGCUUUAUGCUCAAAACGAGCAAUAGUCAUAAAAGGUCGUGUCAUCUUUCUUCCAUUUUUAUCAAUAGGAUAUUUCGUUUUUGAAAAAAAAGAAGUACUUUCAUUAUUAUUCAUUGGUAAUAAACAAGAGUUUUUCUUAACGCCGUUUUUACCCCAUAGAGAUAUUGAAUAGAAAGGGGUUUUUUGUUUCCCACCAUAAUUUUGAAAAUGAACGUUUAAAUGCCCUUCAAAAGUAAGUAAAUAGAUCCGAAACAUAUAAAAUGCGGUUAAUCCCGCCGUGGCCCAAGCUAUUAUUGCGAAAAUUGGCGAAUACAACCAACUAUCAUUAAGAAUUUCAUCUUUGGACCAAAAACAAGCAAGAGGUGGAAUACCACAAAGAGAAAGUGUACCUAAUAAAAAUGUGAUUUGGGUAAUUGGUACAUGUUUUCUUAAACCCCCCAUAAGACCCAUAUUCUGGCUUUUAGCUGGAGAAUAUCCAACAAUAGUUUCCAUUGAAUGAAUAAUGGAUCCGGAUCCUAAAAAUAAUAAUGCUUUGGAAUAAGCAUGAGUAAUCAAAUGAAAUAAAGCGCUUCGAUAAGACCCCAUACCUAGAGCUAACAUCAUAUAACCCAAUUGAGACAUUGUGGAAUAGGCUAAACCUCUCUUAAUGUCUUUUUGAGCAAGAGCUAAAGUGGCUCCUAAUAAUACUGUUAUUAUUCCUAUAAUCGAGAUCAAAUACAUUAUGUAAGGUAUAACUCUGAAAAGAGGAAGAAGCCGAGCUACAAGAAAAAUUCC